ACGAGAAGUCGUGUAGGAGGAUGUGACUUGUUUCAGCCGUCGCUAUCAACGUGGGGGCUCGUUCCCUGAGGAUCUGUUGUGUUCCUUAAAGGUUAAAGAGGGCGAACGUUCAUAAAAAAAACAAAAAACCUACACGUGGGAGUAGGAGGGAAAAACAAAUCCCUUCCUGAUUACAAAUAGCAACAUUGUAGCGUGAGGCUGUGUUGUUACGGGAUUAAAAGUUGGUUUUCAAUGCUGGAUAAACCAAAGAGCGGACGAUUUGAAAACGCAUCUGACCAGUUGUGAACCGUGUCCACAACCAACCACUGCAUCGGAUCUGUUUUAGUGAACACGUCCAUGUCAACCUGACCGAGACUGGUCGAUAGGUAAGACGCUCAAGGUCUGUCUAUAGGUCACAUGUAUUCAUGUCUUAUGUGUAAAUGUUAUAUGCCUUCAUAUCUUAUAUAUAUAUGUCAUAUGUAUUCGUGUGAUAUGUAUGUAUGUCAUAUGUGUGUAUGUCAUGUAUAUGUGUCAUAUAUACAUGCUGCAUACACAAAAUAAUAUAAUAGAGCAUUCUCUUAAACCAAAUCUGAGCAAUGGCUUAAUUAUUCAAGCAUAACUAAAUUUUUUCCUAUCGAACCAAAUCUGAGCAAUGGCUUAAUUAUUCUGGCAUUAACUAUAUUUUUUUCUUUCUUGCACCAAAUCUGAGCAAUUGUUUAAUUAUUCUGGCAUAUCUAUAAUGUGUUCCCCUCGCAGCAAAUCUGAGCAAUGUUUCAACUAUCCUGGCCUUGCUCUAAGGUUCCCUACCAGCUUAUGUAGCACAGCAAGAAGAGAGCAACGCGUCAUUCAUUAAACAUGUUUUGAUGACGAGAGUGAACGUUGGAGUAACAAAGUAAUCAAUUAUUAUGAGUUUACUUUAAGUAACCGCAGUGGAACAAAUAAGUCUAUGGGGGAAAAUACGAUGUUACGUAAUAUUUUUUUUUAAUUUUUUUUUUUUUAAAUUUGUUGUAAAAUUAGUUAAUUCCAUCACGAGCGUCAUUUCCUUUCCUUUGUUGGUCCAUACAAGAUGUGUUCAUUAUUACAUGGUCGUCACUAUUGGUCACUCCAUAUCUUUCGCCGUUACAUGUGAUCACGCAAACAACAGUUUAACCUCACAUAGCACAAUCUGCAUGCACCAUGUACUAGCCACAUGGAAUACACGAUAGCCAUAUAAACCACAUGCACCACACUCGAGGCACGCGGAACACAUACUAGUCACUAGGCACACGGAACAAACACUAGGCACGCGGACCACACACUAGGCACGCGGACCACACACUAGGCACGCGGACCACACACUAGGCACGCGGACCACACACUAGGCACGCGGACCACACACUCGGCACGCGGACCACACACUAGGCACGCGGACCACACACUAGGCACGCGGACCACACACUACUCACGCGGACCACACACUACUCACGCGGACCACACACUACUCACGCGGACCACACACUAGGCACGCGGGCCACAUACUUGGCCAAUGGACCACACUUGGCACACGGACCACAUACUUGGCCAAUGGACCACACUUGGCACACGGAACACACACUUGGCCAAUGGACCACACUUGACACACGGACCACACACUUGGCCAAUGGAUCAAACAAUGAGCACUAUUAACAUCAGUUUACAGUUCUCAGUGGGCAAUUUGUCGGCCCCGCCAACACAGAAUGAAUGACACCUACAAUGCCAUUUUCAAUCCGCUGACCCAGCAGAUGUCUCCCAUCAUAAUGUGUUCACCCCUAAACCGAUGUAAUCGUGGUAAAGAGUGGCAGUCGGGGCAUUUUUUUGUGUAAGCAGGGCAACAAAUGUAUUUAUAGUUGAAUUGAAAGAUAGUAUCACACAAGGCUACACGUAGCUACUUGGAGAGCUCUUCAAAUCCCGGCGUGACCUGUGGCAACAUAUUUCAGAUACGAUCAAAUGGGUUUAAGCAUAAAACAAGUAAAACACCAGGCGAUAUAGAAUACUUUAUGUCUAGGACAAUGGGUAAUAGUGUUAACUCCAAAGGGUAAUAGUGUUAACUCUAGGACGAUGGGCAUAGGUAAUAGUAUUGACUCUAAGACAGCGGUUAAUAGUGACUCUAUGACAACGGGUAAUAGUGUUAACUAAAGGAAACUGAUAAAUAUUGUUAACUAAAGGACAAAUGGUUAUACUGUUAACUAAAGGACAAUGGGUAAUACUGUUAACUAAAGGACAAAGAGUAAUAUUUUAACUAAAGAACAAAGAAUAUUUACUAAAGGACAAUAGGUAAUAGUGUUAACUCCAGGACAACGGGUAGUAAUGUCAACUCUAGGACUCCGUCUUUUAGUUGAAAAUCACACCUCAGGGUCAACACUACCCGGAUGAAACUAUUAAGAGGGAGUUUUUGUAACGGACAUUUUAAAUAAUGUACGAAAUAAAUCCACAAUAAUGGAUGAGCCGAGGACAAAAUGACAGCAAACGGAUAGUUACUCAUACAUUGUUUCAACAAUCAGCUUCUUGAAAUAAGUUUUUUUUUUUCUACGACUCUUACAUUGUUUGAACAAUCAGCUUCUUUAAAUAAGCUAUUUUUUCUUACUCUACAUUUCUCUGACUCUUACAUUGUUUGAUCAAUCAGCUUCUUUAAGUAAGAUAUUUUUUCUUACUCUUAUAUUGUUUCAACAAUCAGCUUCUUUAAAUAAGCUAUUUUUUCUUACUCUACAUUUUGUAACAAUCAACUUCUUAAACUAAGCUAUUUUUUCUUACUGUAACAAUCAACUUCUUAAAAUAAGCUAUUUUUUCUUACUCUACAUUUUGUAACAAUCAGCUUCUUAAAAUAAGCUAUUUUUUCUUACUCAACAUUUUGUAACAAUCAACUUCUUAAAAUAAGCUAUUUUUUCUUACUCUACAUUUUGUAACAAUCAGCUUCUUAAAAUAAGCUAUUUUUUCUUACUCAACAUUUUGUAACAAUCAACUUCUUAAAAUAAGCUUUUUUUUUUCCUCUGACUCCCCCUUCCCCCACCCCAUCCCGUUAUUUUAAAGGUGGUUUACAAUUCUUUGUCUUAAUCGCUUUAUACUCAAAAUUUAAACGGCUAAACGUAUAUAUGAUGAGAUAUCAUGGGAGCUCUCAGACCAAUUAGAUGCUUCUGUCUCGCCCGUCAUUAAUUACAACAACAUAUUUUUUUUUUAAAUUGUUCAGAAAUAAACAAGACAAUCUCUGCCCGAGCUAAGCACCCAGGGCAUUCCGAAAUAAUCUUGGCAUCACUACAAGUCUAAAUGCGGUCUCAUUACCGUCAACAAUCUUCAGCCACCAUUUGAUUCAAAGCUGGCUUCAUUACCAAAUUAAAGUCUUAUAUCUUAAAACUAAUAAAAGUAACUUCCCUGGGGCACACUUAUAUAUACGAGAUGGUUUCUCGUGCUCUUUAUCGUAAAGCCAUCAAGUGAAGUUUACCCGAGCAUUUGUCAUAGUUGUCAGAUGAGUUGGUGGAACUCGCCGAAUUAUCAGCGAACACAUUGAAGAAAACAAUGUUCCGACCCAUCUUACUUCAACAAUAGUAACCUUAUAGGUGGUACUGAUGUUUACUAAUGUCCACUACAUUGAUACACAGCACCAUAUAGGUGAUAUGUCCAAUAGAUUGAUACACAGCACCAUAUAGGUGAUAUGUCCAAUAGAUUGAUACACAGCACCAUAUAGGUGAUAUGUCCAAUAGAUUCAUCCACAGCACCAUAUAGGUGAUAUGUCCAAUAGAUUCAUCCACAGCACGAUAUGAGUGAUAUGUCCAAUAGAUUGAUACACAGCACCAUAUAGGAUGGCUGAUGUGAAAGAAGAUCUACAGCAGCUGGGAAUCCAAGCAUGGAAAACGAAAGCAUUAGUUAGGUCUGAGUGAAAGGAAGUGGUGAGGCAGGCCAAAGUCCUACAGGGCCUCUAGCACCACAAGAAUGGAUGGAUGAUCUCCGCCAAUAGAUUGAUGCAAAGUUUUUGAGACCAUGAGACAACGUCAAAUGAAACUCUCUUUUUUUAGAUUUUCUUUUAGUUUUCAACACUCACCCCAGUCACCCUCCCCCCACCCCCAACUCACCCUUUUCGAAAUUUGUUUAAAAUAUCCAAUCAAAGUAUAUAUCCCAGAUCCUUACACAAUUCCUAAUAUCUUAUCAGUUCCCCAACGGACAGUUCCAGCGCAAUGAGUUAAUUUCAUUUUAUGUGUCCUCUUUCUCUCGUUUUAAUGGUCAUCUUUUGUAGAGACACGUCCGCUGCUUCUUGUUAUCUUGUGACAAUGCAUUAAUUCACCGUGCUAACAACGCUUUCUUUCUGUUAAGCCUCUCCGCUGCACAACUCGCUCUGGCCGUCGGGGCUAGACGCCAACGAUGCCACCUGACGUCCACGCCAACGGCAGCAACGCGAGCAUGAUCUACACGGACACCACCAACCCGAGGCUGGUCAACGGCGUCGUCGUGCUGCUGCUCCUCAUUCUCAACCUGCUCGGCAACGGCCUCGUCUUCUACGUGUACAAGUUCCGCGUCAAAGUAAGUGAGUUCUGCCCUGACCCCCCGGGCGUGUCAAUCAAAGUCUGCGACACGAACUUAACUGUGUAUGACACAGUCGAAUUGAAUGUUCAAAAAAAAAACUUUCCCUGGGAGUAAGUCACUUACGUCAAAAUAAAACUAAUUCAUGACACACACCAGACACACCGACACACACCAGACACGCCAACACACACCAGACACGCCAACACACACCAGACACACCGACACACACCAGACACAUCGUAUUUUUAAUCUCUGUUACGAUAGAAACUACGUCCAAAAUAUGAUUAUAAGUUUGCAUGGAUUAUUUUAUACGGUCAACCGAGUUAAUGUGCCAGCGCUUGGACAAAACAAAUAUUCUGGACACGGGCUUUCAUUAAAAAGAAAAUGACGUAUUGAAUCGAAUUGCCCCCCCCCCCCAACCCCUUUUUUCAUGUGAGAGAUUUCAACAUCUUUUUCCUUCAUCAUUAUCAGCCAAAGAUGUUACUUUUCUCUUUCAGAAAACCAUAUUCUCCUUAUUCGUGACCAUCCUGGCAGUCCUGGACUUGUUGUCAGCAGUGACUACCAUGCUCAUGGAUGUCAUCGUCAAGGUCAGGCCCCUGGACGAGAAGGACAUGUCGCUGGCGGCCCUGUGCAAACUGACCCACUUCCAGGUCUACGCCAAUCAUUUGAUCAGCGGGUGUGUCCUGACACUCAUUGCAUACCAGCGGUACAGGAAGGUGUGUCUGCAUGCACUAUUAUUUGAUUAAAACUAUCAACUUCAGAUGGACGAUAGAUUACAUAUUUCAUCCAACUCAACUAAGUGGAUAUUCAGUUAACCAAAUGAUAUGAAAAUUCCAACCAGAGGCGAGCACCCCCUUUGCAUGCGCUACUGUGGGUUUUAAAAGAACAUUAGAGUAAAACAAGUCCCUUGAUUAAUUACCUAUCAGGUUAAUACUCUAAGCCCAGCGGUUCUUAACCAGGGGUGCCCGCAGAGGUGUAGCGUUAGUGUCAGGGUUACCGGAAGACACAGAAUAUGGGGGGAAAAGGAAGGGGGGGGGGAAGGAAGGGGGGGGGGGAGUUUCAUUUGGUUUUUUUAAUGGUGGGAGGUUGGGGAAGUUAAUACUCUAAGCCCAGCGGUUCUUAACCAGGGGUGCCCGCAGAGGUGUAGCGUUAGUGUCAGGGUUACCGGAAGACACAGAAUAUGGGGGGAAAAGGAAGGGGGGGGGAAGGAAGGGGGGGGGGUAAUUUCAUUUGAUUUUUUUAAUCGUGGGAAGUUCGGGAAUUUGUCUUGAAAUCCAAAGGGGGUGUGGGAAUUUUUUUGAAAAAAGGGGCUGGGGGGCGUGUGGCGCUGCAAAAAAGGUUAAGAACCCUUGCCAGAUGAUAUUCAACUAUUUAAAUGUCAAUCAUUUUUCUAACGUGGAGGAGCUUCAGUCCAAUAUUACAAUGUAUCGUUCCAAGGUUUUCAUGACAAAGAGAGAUCACGUCUGUCGGGUGACGACUGCUCAGAGCAGAAAUAUACAGCUUCAUGGUUUAUAUAAUUAGCGCAGUUUGUGCGUGGUACAAGAAUGAGUAGAAAGCUCAACAUUGAUUUAGAAAUACUUUUGUUUUUAAUGUCUGCUGGUAAAAUCGGGUUAUGUGCAACUAUCUGUAGAUGGCAAGUGGACGAGAUCAGAGAAACACUGUGCCAAUCAGAGUGAGUCACUUCGUAUUUGUUCAAGAGGCAAAGUGAAGUUGACAGGGCUAAGAGAGAGAGAGAGUGUGUGUGUGGGGGGGGGGGAGGGGAGGGGGUUGUAUAAUGUUUAUGUCUGAUUCUGUCACUGGCAAGGAACAUCCAAACUAAUGUGACAAUGAAAAGAUUCAAAAAUUAGGACUAGACGCGUGGUCGUUUAAUUGAGCAAAAGUUUAUACAAAGAAUACCAGAGUUGACAGGGCUAAGAGAGAGAGAGAGUGUGUGUGUGGGGGGGGGGAGGGGAGGGGGUUGUAUAAUGUUUAUGUCUGAUUCUGUCACUGGCAAGUAACAUCCAAACUAAUGUGACAAUGAAAAGAUUCAAAAAUUAGGACUAGACGCGUGGUCGUUUAAUUGAGCAAAAGUUUAUACACAGAAUACCAGCGAAAGUUAAAGUGAGAUAGCUGUUACAGAAAUAAAUUUAUGAACUUCCACAUUAAUUUACUGAGAUUAUUAUUUUACUCACUGGUUAACUUUGCUAUUCUCAUUCAAAACACCUCAACUCCAAAUACCCACGCGGAGACAAACACACAAAUCCCCAUCUAAAAGUUAUCUAUAUAUAUUUUUUGUAAAUAUUUUAUCUUAAAUACCGUUCAUUAAAAAUUCAACAAACUACUUCUCCGAUAUUAUGGCACAUUCCAGGCCGGACAUCAACCAACCCUAUUUGUCGUAGAGAUGGUUUAGUCAGAGCCCCAAGUCCGAGCCUCAUUUUUUUAACUGGCUCGCGUCUCCGAGAAAAUCCUGGAACCUUAUCCCCAAAAUUGUUAGUUCUUAAUCCCUUGUUUAAAAAAUGCCACCAUUCUAUACCGCUGCCUUCUAUUGUUCGACAGAUCUGCCGUCCACUGAAGCCGGGCAUGACCAAGAAGACCGCCAAAAUCGUGCUGGUUAUUACAGGGGCGGUGUGCAUCUUGCUGAGCUUGUGCACCCUGGUCAUAAACGGACCCCAGGUGGUGCAGAUCAAGAUACGCAGCUUUGUGGUCAACACCACCAUCUGUCGGUACGACAAGGAGUACGAGGGGAAGCUGCUGCAGCAGGCCUUCUCGUACCUCCUCCUCCUGGCCUUUGUGCUGGUGCUCACGCUAACAGUCACAUUCUACGUCAUGGUGUCCAGAGCUCUGCAGAGUUUCGAGCGCAGGAACUCGACCAUCUCGGCAGCCGCCUCGCCCGACGUCGACAGCGCGAACAAAGAGUUCCAGUACGGCGAAAACUCGGACAGGCACCGCCACGAGUACCUCGAAACCCGCGCUUCCGUUUUCUCGGUGACCAGCGGCGGGGACAGGAUCUCGGUACACAUGUACAAAAUGUUCACAAUCGUCACGGGGAUCUUCGUGCUCAGCUACCUGCCUCACCUGGUCGUCCUCAUCCUCCUCAAGGCCAUGAGGCUCGACCACCGCGUGCUGACCUACACCCAGCGGGUGCUCCUGGAGCUGGCCUACAACUGCCCGUACAUCAGCACGAUCGCCAACCCGGUCGUCUACGGCUUCAGGAGCGCCGAGUUCCGGGAGCACUGCCGGCACUUGCUCACCUGCAGGAGGUGGCGACAGAGGCGGGCGUACCUGAGAUAACGUGGCCCCUGCCUUGUCUUGCAAUCUAAAUGUAAGCUUACCUCAGAGCAAUGGAAGCAGAAAAUGGAAAAUGACACCCACGGCCACACUGGCAUAAGACACUGUAGUCUCAUUCGCUCUGAUAUAAGAUAUUGUAGACAUAUUCACUCUGACAUAAGACAUCAUAUUUACAUAUUCGUUGAAAUUUGUGUAUGUCUCCAAAUGUUUCUAAUUUCCAACAGUGCUGACGAUAUUUUGGAUAUUGUCCACCCCAGUUCACGCCAGUGACUUUGCUACAAUACCUUUUCAAGCAAGGAAAUCUAAAGCAUCCGUGUCUACCAAAGCACAGAAGAAACAGAAAUUAUUGCAUUUGACGGAAAGUACCAGAAUUGACAAACGUCAAACUUGAAACUGGGCAAAAAACUGUUUUGGAUAUGCUAAUUAUGAAGUCAUACAUGAAUUCCUUUGGAGAGAUACCAACUUGGGCCAACGGCAUCGUACGUGUUAUGUUUAUCAUUCGGUGAAACUGAUUCUAUCAUACACUUUAAAGAUGUGCAAUUAACUAAUUAAGAGUAUGAUUGGUAUUUAACACACAAAAAAGACUAUCAGUCUUAGAAUGCAUGGAGCAGAAAACAGGAAGUGUUCCUAGAGCCACGUGACAGGGAACCGUACAGACAAUAAGUAUUAAUGGACUCCUACAAAACAAAGGUUAUGUGCAAAGAAGAUAUGACGUAUCAAACGAAGGGCACAUUUUGUGCACAUGAUACUGAGGUUUUCAAAUCUGGGGCCGAUUACAUCCCUCAACCUUAUCCAGCCAGGGGACCCUGAUUCUGCUAUGGCUCGCUUUAGACACAGCCCAAAAACAAAUGUACCAAGUAUAUAUAUAAGGUGAUGUGUACCGUGUUUUUUUUUUUUUUUUUGGUAUAUAAGGUGAUGUGUACCGUGUUUUUUUUUUUUUUUUGGUAACCACAGACUGACACUUCCCCCGCCAGUUUUCCUUCAUCUCUCACUCUCAAGGAACACUACCACAGACUGACUCUCAAAACGGUACCCCUAAACAUUUCACCAUUCCCCCUCCAGACGAGAUUACAGUGUUCCUCAAACGGGAUAAGCCGCCACACUGGUUCCCUCAAAGUGAGACACACAAUGGCAUUUACAUAUAUAUAUAUAUAAAUAAAUACAUUAAUA